AUAAUAAUAAUAAUAAUAAUAAUAGAACAAAAAUGUCAAAAAAAGAUGAAUAUAUUUCAAUAAAAAUAACUCGAAUUAUAUUGACAAUUGCAGGUUUUUGGGAUGGAGAAAAUAAGAAAGAGAAAAUUAUAUUAAAAUUUUGUAAAAUCUAUUCAUUACAAGCGAUAAUUGGUGCUAUAAUAACUCAAGCAAUGGAAGUAACAAUAUCUCUUGGGAGUUUAUCUGAUAUAACAUACUGGUUGUGCGCUGGGUUACCAUUAUCUUUAGUAAUAAUAAAGUUUUCACUUUACUUUUAUAAGAGACACAAAUUAAUUGCUUUAAUUCGCUAUACGAAAAAACACAUUUGGUUUAAAAUAUAUAACAAAUAUGAUCGAGAAAUUAUGGAUGCUUCCAAUAAAGAAGCAAUGUAUUCAAUUGGCGCUUUUAUUAUUACACUUUAUUUUACUAUAAUGUUAUACACUUUCGUUCCAAUAAUUGAAAACAUAGGACAAUCGGAAGAGGAUAGAAAAUUUCCUUUCAAUGGAAUAUCUAAGUUUCUUGAUUCUGAUGCAAAAAAAUCACCUAAAUUUGAAAUAACUUAUGUUAUUCAGGUAUUGCCUUUGCUUCAUACAGGUAUAUUGGUAUGUUGUUUUGACAAUUUAUUUUAUCUUCUCUCAUCAUUUCUUGUUGGACAAUUUAAAAUUCUUCAACGUCGUUUAAAAAUUAUUUGUGAUUCUCUUAAUUUAAACAGUGAAAAAAAUAGUCAAGAAUUAAGGGAUAAACUAAAAGAAUUAAUAGAAUAUCAUAAAUCAUUGACUAUUUAUAUCUCUAAAAUGGAAGACAUUUUUUCUUUUCAUCUUUUUUUUCUAAUAUUUGUAGCAACAGUUAUGAUUUGCGUCACUGGUAUUCAAGUAUUUUUGGUUAGUGUAUAUAUAAAAAAUAUUUCGUAUAAAAAUAAAUAUUUAAUUUCCCCAAUAACAUUGCAUAUGAUAAUUCAGAUUGAAACUUCAUAUAUUAAAGGAAUGCUAUUUAAAUUUCAUUUGUCAUGUAGUCUUUUACAAACAUAUAUAACAACAUAUAAUGGAAAUAAUAUCAUUACUGAAAGUAAUCAAGUUGCAUAUUCUGCAUAUGAAAUGCUUUGGUAUUGCAUUCCUUUUGAUAAACAUGGAAAAUCAAUUCGACAAGCUGUUGGAACAAUAAUCAUGAGAUCUCAAAGAUCAUGCUAUAUAUCAGCUGGAGGUUUUUUUCCCGUGUCUUUAGCCAGCUUUAUGUCGGUCAUGAGUACAACAGUAUCCUAUUUUACUUUACUUCGACAAUUUCUUUAAAAAUAUUGCACGUAAUAUAUUUUUGAAACUUAUUAAAGUAAAUAUUUUUCUAACAAUAAUAAUUUAGUUUAGAAUUUUAUUUAUUCAAUAACUUUAUUUUAUGUAUGCUUAUGAAUAAAUUAAUAAAAUGGAAACUUCCAAAUUGA